AUGGUGAAUGGGAGCUUGGAAAAAUGGUUGCAUCCUAAUCCUAAUAACACAGAAAAUGCAGAGUAUGAUCCAAGAAAUUUACUCCUUGAUCAAAUACUGAAUGUUCUCAUUGAUGUUUCUUCUGCUUUACACUAUCUUCACUAUGAAUGCAAUUCUAAUAAGCAAAGCAACACAAUUGGAAUCAAGGGUACAGUUGGCUACGUUCCUCCAGAAUAUGGAAUGGGUUUUGAGGUAUCAAGACAAGGUGAAAUGUACAGCUUUGGCAUUCUUGUUUUAGAGAUGUUGACGGAUAGAAGACUCAUGGAAGAUAUGUUUAAAGAUGGUCAAAAUAUCCAUGAAUACGUGAAAAGGGCAUUUCCUGAUAAGCUUUUGCAAAUUGAUGGCGAAGCAAGCCCUCUUCUGCUCAAUGGGUUAGAGGCUCAAAGUUCUCUAGAAGCCCCUAUAGAUCCUCUAGUAACUGCCUUUACUACAGUCCUUAAGGGCUCUUGUAAAGCUCAAGAGCCUGCUUCCACUACGGCCCUAGAGGCAACUCCUAUUAUUACUCUAAAGGGAGGUGCUGGGCCCUUGAAUUAUGAGAUACCUGUUGUGGAGCAAUCCGGGCCUGUUGACGCUAGCAUAGCAACUGUUGAUCCUCUAUUUAAGGGUCUUCAUCAGUCCCCUUAG